AUGACGGCGUUGCUUAAUCCCCCCGGACGUUUCGUUGCCCAGCAGCGGAAAAAGGUCCACGAUUCUUCGGCGCAUAUCUAUCCUAGUAGCAGAAAAAGUGAUGAUAUGAACAGCGCAAUCACGUCUUACGUUAUCGACUUCGCCAAAAAAGAAGGAAAACCAUCGCUGCCCAGACCUUGUUCUGCCACAAGAAGAAACCGGCCACAUCCAUCUCAGAAUUUUCUCAACUGGCGCAUUCCUUCAAGACCACUAACGGGCCCUAAAACUUCGGACGCAGACGAAGCUUUCCUGAAUUUGUCAGUCUUGGAAACCAAGGAACGAUUUUACGACGACUAUGUUGGCAGUUUUGAUUUGGAAAAGCAAGAGCUCUGUGAAGAAGUUGGGCCUAUCCCUCCUUGUCGUCUACCAAGACAUAGGCUUCUUCAAAGAGCUGGCCUACAGGACAAACUAAACGAGGAACGCCGUUGCCCUCGCAGGCGCACGAUGCGACCUCUGUGUAUUUCUAAAGACGCAGGAAACGAGUAUGAUUCUCUAGUCUCCAGAGCACCCACAAAAGAAAAAAACAUUAUAGAGAGCUGUUUAGACGCUGGAGAUAUCGGAUACAUAGGAAGGAACUUUGCACACGUUGUUCGCCCGGAGGCGAUACCUGCCAUACACCAGUGGCUAAAGUUUCAAGAUGAGACAGAUCGCGAUGUUGUAUUCAGGUUUCUUAACAAGUUGAAAAGAAACUCAUCGUGCCGUCAGGAUUGGGAGAUGGAUCAAAAAUCUUGCAAAUUGCCGAACUGUAUCGACAAGAACAGGACGGCAGAGUUAUCCAGGGCUGGUCGAAAUGCGAUUAGCGAUCACAUUCGCCAAAAGCUGUCAAAAGACAAACAAGCAGUUAAAUACCCAACCCUGACGAGGAGCAAGAAAUCCAAAGGACGUUCCAUGAAUGCCACCGGAGACUUCAUCACAAACAAGAGAGCAGUGUUCAUGCAGCCCCAUCGACGUCUCCCGAGCCAUUUUGAGAUCCAUCCCGAGUUUGAAAGUGAAAGCCGAUUUAUCAAUCAUUUUGGCACUGAGAAAAUCUCAUGA